AUGAUUUCUAAAAUUAAAUACCAUAACAAACUCAUUUGUGGUUAUAACCCUUUGAACUUAACACCUUAUGGUAUUGGAAGUGAUACUUGGGGGGAAGCUUCCGAAUCUUUCAUAUCUUCAUUUCCAAUCUUGGAUUCUAUUCAUUCGGCUCAAAUAUCUAGGGCUAAAGAUCCUCAAUACUCUAUUUCAUAUAGAACAAAUCAUGGUCCAAGUUUUGGUGCCGGUUGGGAUUUAACCAUUGAGGGUAAAGUAAUACGUUGUAGUUUAAUUAGUUCUUAUCCCGGAAUUUCUGAUUUUAUUACGGCGGGUACUACACUCCACUUGGACGAUUAUGAAGUUUUUGGUGUGGUUAGAAAAGGCACUUAA